GAAGAUGUGUGAUGGGUGACGAUCAUCAACAGAGAGGAGUCGAGGGGAGGGCGCCAGUGUUGUCGUCUAUUGUAGCGUCGGUUCAAUACUCGGUAAUCAAAUUGUCAUGCACGGGGGCGCCGUGUCGGAGAGCUUAACUAUUAACUCGGGCGGCGCGUCGGCCCGCUAAACAAUAAACAUGGCGACCACGGCGGGCGGCAUCGACGGUCGUUGCGCGUGCGCGCCCAAUGUUCUAUUUCAUUUCUAACUCUUUCCGGUUGGUCCCGAGUGCACACCCCCCCGGAUUGCCGCCACCACCCGGAGGGGUGUGACAGCAGUCGGCCGACCAAGAUUAAGCCUCCGGGUCGAACCUCAACCGACCUCCUCCCGCGCCUCCCUAUCGAGAGCGCCACGGCAGCAACAUCGAGAGCAGCCUUUGCCGUCUCUACCCUCCGCUCUUCUUAACAGCCCGUUGCUAUUCGUAUCCGUACGACUUUUACCGGCCGUCGAGUUAAGCUCCGAGUCCCGGGGCAUAAGCCAAACGCAAACCGGAUAAGUCACUCGUAUGCAACAAUCAUUCAUCUGUUGUGUUCUUCUCUAUUUUCAUUGUUAAAUUCAGAUCAAACGUCAAAAGUGAAUUUGUAAUUUUUAUUGGAUACGCCUAAACAAACUAAAUAGUUCUCAGUUACUAUUACGCUUUAACGGAACAUAACGAACAUUUAAUUCCAACAGCUAAAAUUAAAGAAAUAUGAAUUUGACUACUACUGACACCGAUCGGUCGUUUAUUUCAUUACAACAAUCAGCUCAACCAAUUUUUUCACUGGCUGAUCAUAGAAUUGGAAGCAUUCAUUUAAAUUCAGAUAAUGACAAUAGAGCAGAUGCAGAUUCGACAGGUUAUGGUAUAGGAAGAGACCGACCACUAUCCCUAUGUAUGUCGGCCACGUGCGCUGCGCAACAGGUACCAGUGUCUGCCUCCAGGACUCCACCAUCAUCGGUCACGGCACAUUACAAUACAUCAGUGUCCGGCCCAGGGGGAGGACAACAGACCUCCUCAAUGAAAAAUAAAACCUUGGGCUUAACAUGUGUUGUAUGUGGUGAUACGUCCAGCGGAAAACACUACGGCAUACUGGCGUGUAACGGUUGCAGUGGGUUUUUUAAAAGAAGUGUCCGUCGCAAAUUGAUUUACAGAUGCCAAGCGGGUACCGGAAGUUGUGUGGUAGAUAAAGCACACAGAAAUCAAUGUCAGGCAUGUAGACUUAAGAAAUGUUUAAACAUGGGAAUGAAUAAAGAUGCUGUUCAAAACGAACGUCAACCCAGAAAUACGGCAACCAUUCGGCCAGAAAAUUUAGCUGAUAUGGACCACGAACGAGUAAUCCGAGAAGCUGCAGUAGCUGUAGGAGUUUUCGGGCCAUGUCUUUACAGACCCCCAGUUUCUGUUGCAUUAGCAUUAUCACCAUUGAGGUAUCAUCCGAACGGACCGAUGGGGCCACCAAAUGUUCAAAGACAGGCAGAACCAUCGCCAACCGAAUCCUCGUCACCCAAACCAGAAUUUCAAGAUCAAGAUGAUGACGAUAGUAUUGACGUAACCAACGAAGAACCGGACACGUCAGAAAACAAAAGAAUGUCACCAACAAUACCGAUUCCCAUAACUCAACACCAUUCCAUAUACGACCACCAUACGGCAUUUUACCCAGGUCUUCACGAAAACGUUUAUGAAACCUCCGCUCGAUUGUUAUUUAUGGCUGUGAAAUGGGCAAAAAAUUUACCAUCGUUUGCGUCUCUGCCAUUCAGAGAUCAGGUAAUUCUUCUAGAAGAAUGUUGGUCUGAACUAUUUCUAUUGAACGCAGUACAGUGGUGUUUACCGUUAGAAAAUAAUCCAUUAUUUAAUCCAUCAGAUCACGUAGCAGCUAUUCCCAAUGGCAAAGCAAGCCAAGUUGCUGCAGACAUUCGUAUACUGAAUGAAACUUUGCGAAGAUUUCGAACCAUUAGCGUAGAUCCAGCAGAGUUCGCAUGUAUGAAGGCAAUUGUAUUAUUUAGAGCAGAUACACGAGGAUUAAAGGAUCCUAUUCAAGUAGAAAAUUUACAAGACCAAGCACAUGUUAUGUUGGGCCAACACACCAGGAAUCAACACCCAGUACAACCAGUGAGAUUUGGCCGCCUAUUAUUAAUGUUACCACUUCUUAAAACUGUACCAGCAGCACGCAUUGAAGCAAUCUUCUUUCAGAGAACAAUUGGCAAUAUUCCAAUGGAAAAAGUUUUAUGCGAUAUGUACAAAAAUUAAUUAUUUUUUUAUAAUCUCGAAAAAUUUGCUUAAAAUUGAUACUAGAUCAACUUUACCGGCAACUGUUUUGUUUUUAUUUAUUUCAAGCUUAAAUUUUUUACCUAUGAAUACUUGAUAUUACCACUAGAGUGUUAUAAUUAAACUUAAGUUAUUCUUCAUUUACUAAAAAAUUAUUAUACAACAUAUCAUGUAUAAUAUUUUUCUAAUUGUACUAUUCUGUAAAUAAGCAUUUUUAACAAGAAAAUAU